AUGGAAAUCAACGCCCGCCGUCAUCGAAUGGAAAUCAACGCCCGCCGUCGUCAAAUCGAAAUCAACGCCCCAUUUGCUCGCGCUUAUGACUUCGCUAACAUCAAGGUCGAUGGUACGCGCAUUACUGCCUCCACCCGUUUAUCCAUGGCGGGCAUGAAUUUUACCAUUUACGCUAGCGGCUACCCAUUCAUCCACUACAUGAUUAAAAACAUGCUGCCGGGCAGUUACCACCAUAUUACAGGCGUCUUUUCCGCAUCAGCCUACAUUUCCCAAACUUCCACGCGGGCGAUGUUAAGCAUCAGAGUUAGGCCGACAUUAAUCGAACCCGUCAGUGUCGAUCGUAGCACCACGCCUUCCGAUGCCAUACAAGUCACCGAUACUCCCACCACCACCACAUCCAAGAAAUUGGAAUUUUUAAUUCACCUAUAUUGCCUCCAAGAAUGGGAAAACUGUGAGACCUCCCUCGGGGACAAAGUUGUGUUCGCCGAAAAACUCAUCUCCCUCUACGAGCGUCUUCACCAAGAGGACAUGAUCAUUGGACCCGGUGCCGUCUCCCCACCUGUCUCGAUCCAAGACGCGACCUUGGAAACAAGAAGCAGCUUGCGCCCCGGUACCAAAAAGACCACGGUGAAGGAAGUUGUGUUGGGUACCUACCCUGCCGUCAAUAUGAAGACGAACAUGGAUGACUCGCCUCUCGUUGUGCCUCUUCCACCUCCUCCUCCAUCCCCCGAACAACAACAACAACAACAACAACACCACCAUCAACAAGAGCCCAUGCUCGACUAG